CCCGCGGCCGGCCGUCCCAGCCCCGCUCGGACGCGGCAGCGGAGCAGCCAGCCGGGAAGGCGCCCGGAGCCGGUGGCCGCGGCGGCGGCGAGGGCUCGCGGCAGCGCCGGGGGCGGCGCGGGGGGGGCCCGGCCAUGGCCUUCACCAUGCUGCGCCCCGUGGCCGCCCGCGUGCUCUACCCCGACAUCGGCCUGCUCUCGGAGGACGAGGAGAACCGCAGCGAGAGCGACGCCUCGGACCAGUCGUUCGGCUGCUGCGAGGGCGCCGAGCCGCGCCGCAAGCUGCCCCGCAAGCCGGGGCCCAUGGUGGUGGUGAAGCAGAGGCAGGCGGCCAACGCGCGCGAGCGGGACCGGACCCAGAGCGUCAACACGGCCUUCACCGCCCUGCGCACCCUCAUCCCCACCGAGCCCGUGGACCGCAAGCUCUCCAAGAUCGAGACGCUGCGCCUGGCCUCCAGCUACAUCUCGCACCUGGCCAACGUGCUGCUGCUGGGCGAGGGCUGCGAGGACGGGCAGCCCUGCCUCAGCGCCCUCUACGCCGCCAAGGGCGACCGCGACGGCAAGCAGCCCCGCAGCAUCUGCACCUUCUGCCUCAGCAACCAGCGCAAGGGGGGCGCCCGGCGGGAGCUCGGGGGCGGCUGCCUGAAGGCGCGGGGGGUGCCGGCGCUGCGCGUGCCGCGGAGGUGACCGGGCCCGGGGCGCCCGCCGGACACAGCGGCACGGCCGGCCGGAGCCGG